GACAUUCAUAAAUCUCUCCCCCCCCUCCCUGAACUCUCAAACUCCAGAAACCAUGGCGAUUCGUCGUGAGCUCCCGGAUUGCCACCAUCGCCUGGCGCCGACGCUCAUCCGACCGUGCUCUGCAACCCCGAGCCACACCCUCUACCUCUCCAACCUUGACGACUGCAUGUUCAUCAGGUUCUCGGUUAAGUACCUUUUCCUCUUCCGUGUUUCCCCCGAGGUGGAGUCCAUGAAGUCGUCCCUCUCAGCGGUGCUCAACCACUACUACCCUCUGUCCGGCAGACUGAGGCAGAGCCGCGAGAGCGAGAAGAAGCUGGAGCUGGAGUGCACGGCAGAGGGCGCCCUCUUCGUGGAGGCCUUCAUGGACACCACGGCGGACGAGUUCCAGCAGUUCCCCGGCUUGCUCGGCUCCUCCUGGCGUAAGCUCCACCAUGAAGUGGGCGACCAACCUUUCAUCUCCGUCCCUCCUCUGGUAGUUCAGGUGACACAUUUGAGGUGCGGGGGGCUCAUACUUUGCGCCAGCAUUGCGCAUUGCCUGUGUGAUGGCAUUGGGAGUUCUCAAUUCCUAAAUGCAUGGGCAGACGCAUGCCGCGAUCCCACCUCCCCACUCUUGGUCCCGCCGUGUUGGGGCCGGGAGGCCCUGAAGCCCCGCAACCCACCUCGCAUCGAGUUCAGCCACGGCACAGAGUUGGCGCAGCAAGAGGCGGGAUCAGGUGGCGCCGCCAUGGCCGGCGAACCCCUGAUUCAUGUCUGGGUGACCUUUGAAGCCGAGGAGAUUUCCAGGCUAAAGCGUCGAUGUAUUCCGGCAUUGAACUGCACUUCUUUCGAGGUGCUCGCUGCACACAUUUGGAGAUGCUGGGCGCGGGCCAUGUUCGGUGCAGAAGCAACCAAUGGACGCCCCAAGAAAGAGGGGCAGGUCGUUGGGCUCUUCUUCCCGGCGGACGUACGAGGCAAACUGGACCCUCCACUGCCGGUUGGAUUCUAUGGAAACUCCCUCUCGUUAGCGUCCAUGGGGCGCCAUUGUGGGGUACUACUGACAGAGCAAAUCCACCAAACCGUGAAGGGAAUACAGAGGGCCAAAGAUAUGGCGCUCUCCGAUGCAUAUGCCCGCUCAGAAAUCGACUUGCUGGCGUUGCAUCAGCCGGUAGAUAACCCGACCUCGAUUCUCAUCGUAUCACAGUGGUAUAGGCUAGGGCUCGAGAGGGUGGACUUCGGGUCAGGGCCGCCUGUGCUUCUCAGCGGCUCUACGGUCGACCACUACUGCUUGUUGCUGCCAGUUUUGGGGAAACCUAAGGCCAUGGCUAUUCAAGUUUCUGUGCGUGAGAGCAUGGCCGAUGCCUUGGAGUGCUACCUCAGGGAGCUGGAAGACGCCCAAGGGGAUGAGAAACCACUACCCGAUGUGGCCGUAGUUUGAUGCUUGACCUUUUUAAUAACGAUCUCCCUUAGGGGGGCGGCCCAUCCCCCAGAAAAGAAGGGUAGUGGUACCUCAAUUCCGUAUUCAUCGUCUACUGAGCAGAAGUUCUUUUAGUUUCGUCCUGAUUUUUUCUGUGGUCUAAGUAUGGUUUCCGUUAUUUUCUAUGAUCUAGUAUCGUUUCCGUUAAAAUGUAUUAAGAUAGACGUAUCUAUCACCAAGCAUGACGUGAUAGCUGGAACCACCAAGGAUGACAUGUGUGUUGAUCGUGUGAAGCAUGGAACCACCAAGCAGAUCGUGUGAGGCACAAAUGUUCAGG